GCCCCGCAGCACCAUGAAAUCAGGCCUCCUCCUCCUGGGGCUCCUCGCCCUCUGGGCUGACCUGACACCUGCCUCUGGGCAGCUCCGUCAAGCUAACGCCAUCUGCAAUCUCCCUGCGGAACCCGGACCAUGUUUAGCCUACAUGCCCAGAUACUUCUACAACUCGGCCACCAAGAGGUGCGAGAAGUUCAUUUACGGCGGCUGCCAGGGCAAUGCGAACAGGUUUCCCAAUAUGGACGAAUGUCUCAAGACCUGUGGCAGCUCAGGUGACAUUUGCCGACUCCCGCCUGAGACGGGCCCUUGCAAGCGAUAUAUCCCGCGCUUCUUCUACAACCCGGCCUCCAGGACGUGCAAAAGCUUCAUCUACGGCGGCUGCCGGGGCAACGGGAACAACUUUAGAACUCUCCUGGAGUGCCAGCAGGCCUGCAGGAAACGCGCUUGGGGCGGCAAAGAAGCUGGAGACGGCCCUGCACAGAAUCAUAGAAUAUCGGGGUUGGAAGGGACCUCAGGAGGUGACAUUUGCCGACUCCCGCCUGAGACGGGCCCUUGCAAGGGACAGAUCCCACGCUUCUUCUACAACCCGGCCUCCAGGACGUGUGAAAGCUUCAUCUACGGCGGCUGCCGGGGCAACGGGAACAACUUUAGAACUCUCCUGGAGUGCCAACAGGCCUGCAGGAAAGGCGGGCCGACGAGAGCGAGACCGGGAAGAGCCGAGAGCGUGACAGCAGGGCCUGUGGGGGGAUGGGACAGGAUCCUCCAAUACGGUCCCCACCUGACACCCACCCCCAAUCGCCCGUGGGCCUGAUCUCGCCCAGCACCUGGGUUGUGUAAUAAA